GCCUAUAGGGGGAGAAGUCCGUAGGCCACAGCCCUCUAGAGUCUAGAGAGAGAAGGGAAAAAAAAAAGAGGAGAGAGAACCAUCGGUGCCAGCGAUGAUAUUGAAGGAUCAAAGCUUUCUCUCACAGGUCAAAGCUGGCAUUUGAUUUAAGCAGAUUUGUUGUCCUCUCUUCUCUCACCACCAAACUCAUUUUUGGUUUUAAACCAUCCUCUCUCUCUCUCUCUCUCUCUCUGGAAUGUGAGACGUAUACACACGAAUCCUCAAUAUAGGGAGAGGGGGGUAGAGAAAUUGUAUUUGAUCCUUGAACAAUGACAAUGGCUACAUCCCCAUCUCUGGCCGGAGGAGAAAAAAAGCAUUGGUGGCUUACCAACAGAAAGAUUGUGUACAAAUAUGUGAAAGACGCAAGACUCCUCAUAGCGACUCAGGAGCAGAGCGAGAUCGCGUCGGCUCUGAGCCUUUUAGACGCGGCUCUUGCGCUUUCGCCCAGGCUGGAGGUGGCUCUGGAGAUGAAAGCUCGAUCCCUGCUCUGUCUCCGGCGAUUCAAGGACGUGGCCGAUAUGCUGCAGGACUACAUUCCCAGCAUCAAGAUUGCCUCCGAAGAUUCGUCGUCGUCUCUCUCCUCGGAAAACUCGUCGUCGUCGUCUCAGCAGCUAUCGAAAGAGCGAGUGAAGCUUCUUUCUUCCCAUAACUCGCCGGAGAGAGAGCAUCAUCCCUCUUUCAAGUGCUUCUCUGUCUCGGAUUUGAAGAAAAAGGUCAUGGCUGGUCUCUGUAAAAGCGUCGACAAAGAAGGGCAAUGGAGGUACUUGGUUCUGGGCCAAGCUUGUUGCCACCUGGGUCUGAUGGAAGACGCCAUGCUCCUCCUCCAGACCGGUAAACGUCUCGCCACCGCAGCUUUCCGCCGCGAAAGCAUCUGUUGGUCGGAAGACAGCUUCUCCAUCUCAGAAUUCCCACUCUCCGGGAGCGAAACAAUCCCCGUGUCCAACCAACCUCCGUCACCCCCGAAAACAGAACAAGAGAGCAUCUCCCAACUGCUCAGCCACAUCAAGCUCCUCCUCCGCCGCAAGACAGCCGCGAUUGCCGCCCUUGAUGCUGGACUCUACGCCGAAGCAAUCAGGCACUUCUCCAAAAUCCUCGACAGCCGCCGAGGAGCCCCUCAGGGGUUCCUCUCCGAAUGCUACAUGUAUAGAGCAUCUGCUUAUAAAUCCGCAGGCAGAGUUGCAGAGUCCAUUGCAGAUUGUAAUCGGACCUUAGCUUUAGACCCGACCUGCAUUGAGGCACUCAGCACCAGAGCCUCACUCUUCGAGACAGUGCGAUGCUUACCGGAUUCUCUGCACGAUCUCGAACACUUAAAACUGUUGUACAAUUCGAUUCUUCGCGACCGGAAGCUCCCUGGACCUGCCUGGAAAAGGCACAAUGUGAGAUGCAGAGAAAUCCCUGGAAAACUGUGUACAUUAGCUGUUAAAAUUCAAGAAUUGAAGCAGAGGGUUGCUUCGGGGGAAACAGGCAAUGUGGAUUACUACGCAUUGAUUGGGUUGCGACGGGGUUGUUCGCGUUCAGAAUUGGAGAGGGCUCAUUUGCUGCUCACAUUGCGGUACAAGCCGGACAAAGCUAAUAGUUUUAUUGAUAGGUGUGAGUUUGCAGAUGAUCGUGAUGUGGAUUCGAUUAGGGAUAGAGCGAAAAUGUCAGCAUUGUUGCUGUAUAGGUUGAUUCAGAAGGGUUACACGAGUGUUAUGUCAACUAUCAUGGACGAAGAAGUGGUCGAGAAGCAGAGGAAGCAGGCUGCAGCCACUUUACAAGCGGCCGCAGCUAUCCAAGUCAAACAAGCCCAUGAACAAACCAAAUUAGAAGCAGAGUUGAGUGCAGCUUCAGAGGUUUUGGCUUGUAAUCGGAUGGAAAACAAAGGCACAACACCACCACCGGCAUCAGUGUAUCAAGGGGUGUUUUGUAGGGACAUUGCAGUAGUCGGGAAUUUGCUAUCUCAGGUUGGGUUUAACCGUCCAAUUCCAGUGAAAUAUGAAGCAUUAAGCUGCUGAUUGAUCACUCUCCUGAUCUUCAGCAUCACAAUCAUUGACGGUCUGAUGUUACCGGCGGGAGAAUCUGAUUUCUGUGUUUGUACAAAAAUGAAAACUUUCCAAUGGUAGCCGGGAAAAUUUUUGUCGCUAUUAUCUCUUCAUCUAUCUAUGUACAGAGUUAAAUUCAGUACUUUGGCUCAAAUUUUUUUCUGUUUGGACAUUAAAUAUUUGGGUGCCA